CCAUGCUGUACCUGGUACUGAGGAUUGAGCUCAACAUGAGCCUUGUUUCACAGCAGUCUUUGAGAAAUUCCUAUCAUGUUACGUUCCCAUAAGCACUUUCAUUGUGAGGGGCACUAAUGGGAGUUUCUACGGCUUAAGUGGCUGGUUGCAAACAGAUUCCUUCACACUAGCAGCGAGGCACAUUCUGAGGGCCUGCAGAGUGUGUUUAGGGUCAUGUGGAGUGUGACGUGGUCCUGAAGGCAUUGAGCCCGUUUGUUGCAAAGCUCAUAAGCUCCGUCACAGACUGGUUCCUGUCCAAACCAGCAUGGGCAAACCUAGAAGUACUGAAGGACACAGAACUGAAAACUAGUGGAGGCGUCCAUGAGCGACACAGGGCCAAAACUCUGUGGGAGAAGACUGGAGCUGUGGUUAUGGUUGUACGGCGACGUGGAUGAUUAUUGUGCAGAGAGGAGGCUGCUGAGCUGUCCUCUCUAAAGUCCCAGCUGCAGGAACUUGAAGUCCCUCUGUUUGCCGUGGUCAAAGAGAACCUUGGCAAGGAGCUGGACUCCUUCAAGAAGUACUUCUCUGGAAAGGUCUAUGUGGAUCAGAAGAGAAAUUUCUAUGGCCCUCAAAAGAGGUGGAUGUGUCUCUCCAUAUGUCUGCGUGUUGGUGUGUGGAGGAACAUUUGGCGGGCCUUCAGGAAGGGCUUUGGAGGAAACAUAAGAGGGGAAGGACUUGUCCUGGGUGGAGUCUUUGUCAUCGGGCCUGGAGAUCAGGGUAUUCUACUGGAGCACCGCGAGAAGGAGUUUGGGGAUAAAGUUAAUAUGCUGGCAGUACUCAGAACAGCCUGUAAAAUGUGAGAUGACAUUGCAAGAUAGAUCUCAAAUAUGUGAAUGAAUGGACUGUUUGUCAUUGAUGUAAUAAUGGUUGCAGCAUGUUGCCAUUUGCUGUCUGCAUUAUUUAAGCUAAACCAAGAAUGUUCUUUACACCAUGAUGUGCUCUACUCAUAUUUUAUUUGGAAAUGUAAUGCUUUUCUGGCUGCAUUCACCUAUUGCUGAUAUGUUAUGCUGGUGUUAUGCGGGUAAAUGUGUAACUUUAAGUGUUUAUUGGCCCUCAGUCAGCAGUUCUGGUCUUGGUUGAGUGAUGGUCUUCUGUGUGCUUUAAUGAAGAUUUGUUUCUAAACUCUGCUGAGGGAAAAGAUCUGAUGCCAGCACACACCUCCAACACUUUUAGCAAGACAGUCUUGGCCCUGACAUGAGGGAGAUUGACCCGUUGGAGUGAUUAACGCAUUUUGUGUUCUGCCAUGUAAUAAACCACUAAACCA